UGUAACCCUUGCUAGUAAAUGGUAUCCAAUAGUAAUCAACAGUAUUGUAAUAUUGUAAUACUUUGUUACAAUUAAUGUUAUAAUUGAGAGUUCCACAAAGUCUAUAUAUCUGAAAAGUGUCGGUAUCCGAUAUGCCGCCUGUUGAUAGUUCUCCGAGAGGAAAUAUGGGCGGUUUUGAGCAGAUAUGUUCGCAGAAAAUCAACGAUACAAUUCCGUUCCAUAUGUACAAAUCCAUGAAUACCGGUCUCACAGUUUGUAUCGCGGAAAUAGAAGGACCGGUUGUCAAUGGUUAUUUCAAUCUUGUUACCGAGGCGCUCGAUGAUGAUGGUCUUCCUCACACAUUGGAACAUCUUAUUUUUUUGGGCAGUGAAGAUUAUCCUUAUAAGGGUCUUUUGGAUCUUUGGGCUAAUAGAUGCCUUGCAUCUGGUACUAACGCUCGCACAUGUCGCGACCACACUUAUUAUACUAUGACAACAGCUGGCAGUCAAGGGUUUCUCUCUCUAAUGCCAAUAUACUUAGAACACAUUCUUUACCCUACUCUUAAGGAUGCAGCAUUUCUUACAGAAGUACAUCACAUUACUGGCGAGGGUAAAGAUGCAGGUGUAGUUUAUUGUGAAAUGCAGGGUACUGAAAAUACAGGAGAAUGGAUAACAUUUUCAGAAUUAUCAAAAGCAGUUUAUCCUACAUGUGGAUAUAAAUCAAAUACUGGAGGCGCAUUGAAAAACCUACAGGAAAGUACGAACAAUGAGAAAGUCAAACAGUAUCAUAAAGAGUUUUAUAGACCAGAAAACUUAACUGUGUUAAUAGCCGGCCAAGUGAAGCAUGCUGAAGUUUUUCAAGCGUUAAUGCCCUUAGAACAGAAAAUAUUAAUGAAGGGAAAGAGAGGUGUAUGUGCGUUUAAAAGGCCUUGGCAGACACCGAUUGAACCGCUCACAGAAAGUGUGGAUCGGGAUGUCUGUUAUCCGUGCGAUGACGAAGAUAACGGAAUGGUGUAUGUUGCUUGGCGAGGACCGUCUGUAGUUUUUCAAUUAUACGAUUAUCUCGGUUGUUCCUUACUUUUGAAAUAUCUCACUGACACAUCAGUCAGUCCGUUGCAAAAGGAAUUUGUCGAGAGAGAUGAUCCCUAUGCCAGCAACGUGAAUUGUGCUCUGUAUGAAUUCUCGAUCUCAGCCUUGAGUUUUGAGUUUGAAAACGUGCCGAAAAGCAAAAUUCCUCUGAUCAAAGAAUCUUUGAUGAAAGUACUUAAUGACAUAUGCGCUGACAAAGGUAUCGACAUGAAAAGAAUGAAAACUUUAGUUCACAAAAGCAUUCUUGAAUUGCUAAGCACAUUGGAAAAUGAUCCACAUGAUAUAGUGGCAGAUAUAAUCUUUGGACACGUAUUGUAUGGAAAUACAAAUGAAGAUCUUGAUUGCAGAUUAAACAAUAUACGUGACUUUAGAAAAUUGGAGAAUGAAUUGGAAUCGUAUUGGUUGAAUCUUCUUAAAAAAUAUUUUAUUGACGCACCCAUGGUUGUUGUAAAUGGCAUACCUAGUAUAGAAAAGCAACGCGCGUUAACGCAAGAGGAGGAGAAGCGAAUAGCGAAGCAGAUAGAGAAAUUGGGUACGGAUGGUUUAGAACAAAAAGAAGUAGAACUUCAACAAGCCAUCAAAGAAAACGAGAAACCUGUACCUGACGAAUUGUUGGAAAGUGUACCUAUACCUGGUACAGAUUCUAUUAAUUUUCAUCACAUUAAAAGUUAUACCACGGAAACCCUGGAGCAACACUCUAGAUUGGAUGUCACUAAAUUACCAUUCUAUACUUAUUUAGAUCAUGUUAAUACAAACUUUGUUUAUCUACAUAUUAUUAUGGACACUUCCUCUGUUAGUAGAGAAUAUAGAAAGUAUAUUCCAUUAUUAUUAGAGAUGAUCAUGGAAUCUCCAGUGAAAAGGGAUGGCCGAUUGAUCCCUUAUGAGGAAGUAGUAGCCGAAUUGGAAGCGGACACUAUUGAAACUUCUACUCAAAUCGGUUUUAAUACUUCCGCGAGAUUCUCAUGCGGAGCCUACAGUCACAGUGUUUAUUUGUCGCUUCAACUUGAAUUAGAAAAAUAUGAGAAAGGAGUACAAUGGAUUAAGGAGCUUUUAUACGACACUGAGUUAACAGUUGACAGAUUAAAAGUAAUAGCGACGAAAAUUAUAAACGAUGUUGCUCAAGCAAAGAGAAGAGGAAACAAAAUUGCAAGGGAUUUAAUGAACGGAUUGUUGUAUAACAAAGACAGUAAUCCUUACGCAUUCAGUAUGUUACGGCAGCAAAAGUUUCUCACUGAUAUCAUGGAACGUCUGAAUGAUGAUGCAGGGAAGAAGCAAGUUAUAGCGGAAAUUGAAUCGGUCAGAAAAAUUCUGACAUCAUUCAAAAAUAUGGUUUUAUAUAUGGCUGUCAAUGUUGAGAAAUUAACAGUGCAAGUUCCAGAUGUUUACGCUCCAUGGAAUAUGUUCUUUUCCGAUAUAGCAACGUGCGAGAAAAUUAAACUUAACGCUACUGUUGAUUGGACACUGAUGAAUCCUGCGGAUGAUAUAAGUAUCAACGGCUGUGUCACGGGAUUAGGAUGUAUCGAGUCUUCAUUCCUCUUCCAGACUUGUCCGAGCAUAACUGAUUAUCACAAUCCCGAUUUGCCAGCUUUGGCUGUCUGUUUGCAAUAUUUAAUUCAAACGGAGGGACCUAUGUGGAGAUUGAUUCGAGGGCUGGGACUUUCAUACGGAUACAAUAUUAACUCGGUACCGAAUGAAGGGUUGUUGUAUCUGGUUUUUUAUAGGGCUACAAACGUCGUAGCCGCAUAUAAGGAGACGAAAUCAAUAGUGGAAACGCAUCUCGCUGGCGACAAGUGGGAGAAGCUACUUUAUGAAUCAGCUAAAUCGUCUAUAAUCUUCGAAAUAAUCGAACAAGAGAUGACCGUGGGCCGCACAGUGAAUCAAUCAUUACGAUCGUACUUCCGAAACGUGCCGCGUGAUUAUAAUCAUCAAAUGGUACGACGUAUUUCUGCCGUUACUAUGGACGAUAUGACCCGUGUGGCGGCUUUGUACCUUAAGCCAUUGUUUGAUCCGAAAAAAUGUAAGACUACCGUUGUAUGUCAUCCCUCUAAAGUCGCGGAAAUAGGAGCGGCCUUCAAAGAAAUGAAUCAAAAUCUGAAACUGUACAACUGUCUUGAAGAAACAUACUUAAGCGAGUGGUAAAAAAAAAGAUUUAUCUGUUUUAAACUUGGAAAACAUCUACAUUUUAUAUUCUUUUUAAAAAAUGUACAACC